GAAGCCAGUGGGAACCCUACACUGCAGAGCUCUCGUCCCGGCCCGGCCCGGCCCGGCCCAAAGCUAUGGAGUUUCUUUGGGCCCCUCUCUUGGGUCUGUGCUGCAGUCUGGCCGCUGCUGACCGUCACAUCGUCUUCUGGAACAGUUCAAAUCCCAAGUUCCGGGAGGAGGACUACACUGUACACGUGAGGCUGAAUGAUUACCUAGACAUCAUCUGCCCACAUUACGAGGAUGACUCUGUGGCAGAUGCUGCCAUGGAGCGGUAUACACUGUACAUGGUGGAGCACCAGGAGUAUGUGGCAUGCCAGCCCCAGUCAAAGGACCAGGUCCGCUGGAAGUGCAACCAGCCUGGUGCCAAGCACGGCCCAGAGAAGCUGUCUGAGAAAUUCCAGCGCUUCACACCUUUCACCUUGGGCAAGGAGUUCAAGGAAGGACACAGCUACUACUACAUCUCCAAACCUAUCCACCAUCAAGAAAACCAGUGCUUGAAGUUGAAGGUGACUGUCAAUGGCAAAAUCACCCAUAGUCCUCAGGCCCAUGCCAAUUCUCAGGAGAAGAGACUUCCAGCAGAUGACCCAGAGGUUCAAGUUCUGCACAGCAUUGGUCAGAGCGCUGCUCCCCGACUCUUCCCAUUGGUCUGGGCUGUGCUGCUCCUGCCACUGCUGCUACUGCAAACUCAGUGAAGUCGGAUGCUUCACCUGGCUUACGGAUUGGAACUGGGCUAAGGGCAGGGAAAAGCACCCCAAAGUUCCAGCCCUGGGAACCACUCCCACUACAUGCACAAGCUGCCACCCUGAAGCCUCAGAGGGUUCAGUAUUAAGGGUUUCGACCCAAAGGAGUUCAACCAGCCUGACUGUGCCAUUCCUGCCUCCACUUCAGAGGGAUGGAGAAAGAAGUGGGGACAGUCCUUUCCCUGCGAUUUCUACCUUUAAGCCAAAGAAACAAGCUGUGCAGUCCUGGCCCGUUUUAAGGGCCCAGUGGGAGAUGAGCUGGAAGGGCCUGAGGUCAUGCAGUUGGACACUAAAGACACCCUUCCCCGAGGAAGCCAUGAUGUCCAGAUGAACUGACUGAAGGAAAAGCUUGAGACAGCUUCCUGCGUGGGAGCCAGGUACAGGAGAGGCAGCAUGCUUGGGCUGACCCAGCAUCUCUGCAAGGUUUCCACCUGCUGAGCUGCCAGAGAGGUUUGUAGCCAGGCACUGACUGUAUCCUCCCCAUCCUUCAGGCAGCAUUCCCUGGAGCUGUGCCAAUACGAGGACUAUACUGGUUUUAGAGUAUAGCUGUAAGGGCAGUGCCCGUGUGUACAGUCUGUGUAGAAUGUAUCUUAAAGGGCAGGGCCCACAUGUACAGUGUCUGUAUAUAAACAUCUGUGUCUGCUCAUUUCUACAACUGGAGUUUUUUUAUACAGUGUUCUUGGAUUCAUAAUAAAGAAAUGUUUUUGGUUUUUUGGAUA